AUGGCAUCUCCAUCUCCUAAAUCACCAGAACAAAAUGAGAAAAGUAAGCAAUACGACCGGCAACUUAGGCUAUGGGGUGAUCAUGGACAAGCAGCUCUUGAAAACGGUCAUAUAUGCCUGAUCAAUGCAAAUGCACUUGGAACUGAGAUAAUAAAAUCGAUCGUCUUACCUGGUGUUGGAUCCGUAACAAUUGUGGACGAAAAAAUAGUGAGUGAGGAGGAUAUAGACAGUAAUUUUUUUUUAGAAUAUUCAAGUAAAGGUUCUAACAGAGCUUCAGAAGCAUUGCGCUUGCUAUUAGAAUUAAAUCCUGCCGUGCAAGGACAUGCAGUUCAAGAACCUCCAGAUCAAAUACUAACGGAAAAUCCAGAAUUUUUCAAAUCCUUCAGUGUUGUAAUAGCUUCAUCUCUUAGUGAAAAAACUAUUCAAGAUUUAUCGCAACAUUUAUGGGAUUUAAAUAUACCGUUUAUUUUAUGUCGAUCUGUUGGGUUCCUUGGUUCUCUAAGAAUACAAUUGAAAGAGCAUGCAAUCAUUGAAACUCAUCCAGAUAAUGAACAAGUGGACUUGCGUUUAGAUGUACCAUUUCAAUCUCUAGCAGAUUAUUUGAAUAGAUUUGAUAUUGAUUCAUUGGAUCUGAAAGAUCAUGGCCAUAUACCUUGGAUUGUCAUUCUGUAUAAAGCUAUACAAAAAUGGCAGAUAACUAACCCUAAUAGCUGGCCUAUGAGUAGAAAGGAAAAAAAUGAAAUAAGGGUGAUUAUUCAAGAAUUUAUUAGAAAAGAUGAAAAUGGUAUACCUAUUAAUGAAGAGAACUUUGAAGAAGCAUUAAGAGCUGUCAAUACAGCUUUGCUACCAACUUUUCUACCAGUGAAAAUUCAGGAGCUCAUUUACAGCAGUUCUGCUACUAAUUUAAAUAAAGACAGCUCUCCAUUCUGGAUAAUGUGUUCUGCAUUAAGAGGAUUCAUUGAAGCAGAGGGUAAAGGAAAACUGCCUUUGCUGGGAGUUUUGCCAGAUAUGACAGCUUCUACAGAGCAUUAUAUAAAAUUACAAAACAUAUACAGAGCACAGGCUGCAAUGGAUGCAGAGAUAGUUUAUAGAAAAGUACAACAAAUUGUGGCACAACUGCACUGUGAAAGUAUAAGUGAAACAGAUGUUAAACUGUUUUGCAGGCAUACACAUGAUUUGUAUUUAAUCAAGGGUUCAUGUAUUGCCACUGAAUAUCAAUUAGGAGGUCCAGUUGCAGCAUAUAUUUCAAGGUAUCUUGAGGAACCUGAUGUUAUGAUGGUGCACUACAUAUUGUUGAGAGCUGCAGAGAUGUUUCGUUCAGAGCAUUAUAGAGCACCAGGUGAUUGGGAACCUGAAGGUGAUAUUACAAAGUUAAAGAUAUGUGUCACAAAACUGCUCAGCGAUAUUUCCUGUUCUCCUUUUCCAAAAGAUGAUCAUAUCCAUGAAAUGUGCAGAUAUGGUGGAGCUGAAAUACAUAGUGUAUCUGCCUUUUUAGGUGGUUGUGUUGCCCAUGAAGCAAUCAAAAUUGUCACGAAACAAUAUAAACCAGUGAAUAAUAUGUUUAUUUAUGAUGGCUCAUCAACAAACACUGCAACUUUUACUUUUUAA